AUGUCCACGCCCGGCACGCAGACGACCUUUUCUGCAGAAGACUACUUCCGUACGCAGCACCCGCCCCCGACGCUGGAGCAUGAUGUAGAGAAGGUCCGGGCGUUUGUGACGAGACAUAGGGAGGAGGGGAGACCGGUCGUGCUUGUUACGAGUGGGGGGACGACGGUGCCGCUGGAACGGAAUGUUGUGCGAUUCCUAGAUAACUUCAGUGCUGGAACGAGAGGAGCGACAUCCGCCGAGUACUUCCUCCAAGCGGGGUACGCGGUCAUCUUCAUGCACCGGCAGUUCUCCCUUCAACCCUUCAGCCGGCACUUCUCCCACUCCACCAACCCCUUCCUCGAGUUCCUCGAAAUCGGGCCUUCGAACCCCAUGUCCCCGAUUGAACCAGGCUCAGCUUCGGAGGAAGGCGAAACAGUCAAAGUCCUCCCCUCGAUGCGGAAGGAACUCCUGACCGUCCUAAGGCAGUAUCAUGCUGUCCAACGGGCAGGCACGCUCCUCACGCUCAACUUUGUUACUGUGGAUGACUACCUGUUCAUGCUCCGCGCUGUGGCUCAGGAACUCGAGCCUCUCGGGAGGAGGGCGAUGUUCUACCUCGCGGCGGCAGUGAGCGACUUCUUCCUCCCCACGCAGAAGAUGUCCGAACACAAGAUCCAAUCCGGAAAGGGGAGCUUGCAGAUAGAGAUGGACCAAGUUCCCAAGAUCCUCAAGCCGCUACGGGAUUACUGGACUCCAGAAGGCUUUAUCGUAUCCUUUAAACUCGAAACCGACCCUUCGCUGCUGAUCCCCAAAGCGCGCCAGGCGCUCGAACGCUACGGGCACAAACUCGUGAUAGGAAACGACCUCUACCGGCGGAAAUUCGAGGUCGUGUUCGUGGAGAAGGACGCGGACUCUAAGGACGGGUUUAGGGAGACGUGGGUCCGGUUGCCGGAGGGGAAGACGGAGAUCGAGGAGGAGAUGAUCAAGAAGCUUGUGGAGAUGCAUGCGGCAUGGAAGGAAGAGAAGGGGCGGACGUAA